UUCACAGUCGAUUACGGUGCCAAAAUUACGAACGGACGGAUAGGACAAACAAAGAAAAACAAAACAUAAACACCAUUAGUCUUACACUCCCACCCAAUUUCAUACUAAACUAUACUUAACAUGUCAACUGAUAGAGAAGAUUGCGUCUACAAGGCAAAGCUUGCUGAGCAAGCCGAGCGCUACGAUGAGAUGGUUGAUGCCAUGAAGAAGGUGGCCUCCCUAGGUGAGCAGCUUACAGUUGAGGAGCGCAACUUGCUUUCCGUCGCUUACAAGAACGUCAUUGGUGCCCGACGUGCUUCAUGGAGAAUCAUCUCCAGCAUAGAGCAAAAGGAAGAGUCUAAGGGAAACUCAAACAAGGUUACCAUCGUCAAGGAAUACCGCCAAAAGAUCGAGAAGGAACUAGAGGAUAUCUGUGCUGAUGUUAUGAAGGUUCUUGAUGAUGACCUUAUUCCCAACGCUGAGAAGGGUGAGCCCAAGGUAUUCUACUACAAGAUGAAGGGUGACUACCACAGAUACCUUGCCGAGUUCUCGUCCGGUGAGAAGCGCACAGGUGCUUCAGACGAGUCCCUACAGGCAUACAAGGCGGCUUCCGAUAUUGCGACCACAGAGCUUCCCCCUACCCACCCCAUCCGUCUUGGUCUAGCCCUGAACUUCUCAGUAUUCUAUUACGAGAUCUUAAACUCGCCCGAUCGUGCCUGUCAGUUGGCCAAGCAGGCGUUCGAUGAUGCUAUUGCCGAGCUAGACACCUUAAGUGAGGAAUGCUACAAGGACAGUACCCUAAUUAUGCAAUUGCUUCGCGAUAACUUGACGCUCUGGACCUCAGAUAUGCAAGGCGAUGCAGACGCGUCCAAGGAGGACGAGAAGAAGGACGAAGAGUAAUUAGUCUAUUGUAUUUGUAAUUCGCUCUACCUACGCAAAAAAAGAAAUUGUCGUUGUACUGAAUUAUAUAGUGCAUGUACAAAUGUUAUCUAUCUGUAAACGAUGGGCUCUCUAGAUCGGGAGUGUGACAACCCUAAAAAUAAAGCUGUACCAAAACAACUCC